AUGGAGCACACUUCCUUGUCUGCAGCAUCAUCCUCCGUUCACCUUAAAUCCCGGGACAGGGAACAUGAUCCCCUCAGCGACUGGACUUCCCGAGAUCGCUCCCGCCACUCCAAAAGUACUCGCGAAGAGCCUGACGAUUACCAAGCUGCCCCGGUUCCGCCCGCAUCUCCCGAGGUUAUCUCGUCGCUGAUCACAUCGUUGUCGGCCAUAUCACGGCCCGUGAGCAACCACUUCGACGGCCCAUCAUACCUGAGCCCCAUCGGCAUUGGAAGUCCCCUGAGCUCCGUCCCUGGAUCACCCACCGCUGGCUCCUUUGGUGUCGACUAUGGCACGUACAAUCAGCCUUCUUUAAAAGAGUUACGAGAAGAAGAUGAGAUUCCCCUAGAUGAACUUCCGGCCAGCCCUCCCGUCGUGCGGACGUCGAAGCUGCCAAGCAGUCUAUCGACUCUGACAGCGCCAAAAUCUCCGAGAAGUCCCGGAGCAAGAGAGUCGACUGGAUUUCUGAGCAUUCGGUCCCGACGAAGCAGUGGCGGUGUGUCUCGUCCUUCGAGCAGAGGAUCCUUCACAUCGGGUGCAGAAAGCAUUGGCAAACCCAGCGUCGAACGGGCACCAGACGCGCUGUCUCCCCCACGUCACAGUCUAAGAAAACAGAAGUCAUAUGACAGCUGGGGAUUCAAGGGUCACCGAAGCCUUAUCUAUAUGGGAAGCAAGGAAAAGCUUCGUGAUAAAGCAACAGAAAAGAAGAGAGCCAGCAUAGGUGCAGUUGGCGGCGAUAUUAACAUCCCUGGGUCCAAGACUGAGCCGCCCACACCACGUCUGCAGCCUAGUUUUACCGACUCAGCAAUCAGUGAAGAACCUGCUACUAUCGCGCUUGAGACCAGCGCACUGCAACCUGCUCCUGUCUUUCAUGACAGUCUGCCCAGUCCUGGACUUAUUCCGACUAGAGAUUCGUCCCUCAGGAAGACUGGUAACAACGCCAAACGCUCAUCGGUUCGCACUUCGCGACACUCCAGGAAGGAUAGCGAAAGCGACGCCUACGACGCGAUACCAGAACUCGACGAACAGAACGCAAAACCUCGGGAUUCCCGCAGCGAGAAGAGCAAGCGGCGACACUCAGGACGUAAACAAAAUUUAGGGCUUGAUCCGUUAAAGUUAUCUGCAGAUCUCGCUAAGGACGCUGCGCUUCCAGGCCCCUCAACUCCAGCCGCGGCUAUGUUUCCAGACGGCAUCGACGAUGGCGCCCCGUCACCAGCAGUCGCUCAGGGACGACGUAGGGACCGUGAGACCAGCAUCGAUUUCAGACGCCGUUCUGGCCGUCUCACUCCUGACCCAUUCGGCGGCUAUGCCAGUGAAGGCGGGAACCCUACAGUCAAGCUGAAGAGGAGCAGCACCCGAUUGAAACGACGUUCUGGGGCAGCUACCCCAACAUCCGAGAAGUCAGGCGCUGGCGGCAGUAAUUAUGACCAUCCGCAUGUUGCAUACGAGCGACCCCGGAGCGCAGACAGCAUUGACGAUGCCGUUGAGAGCUACCUCUGCAGCCCUCGUCUCAGCCAAAAGAUCCGGCACCCCCAGACUGGCAGAGUCAUCAGCUUCAGUGAAGUUGGUGACCCUAAUGGAAGCGCCGUCUUCUGUUGUGUUGGAAUGGGAUUAACAAGAUACAUCACCGCGUUCUACGAUGAAUUGGCCUUGACACUCAAAUUGCGUCUGAUAACCCCAGAUCGUCCAGGUGUCGGCGACAGCGAGCCUUACCCUGACGGCAAUGCCACGCCGCUUGGCUGGCCUGACGACGUCUACGCAAUUUGCCAGUCGCUCAAGAUCACGAAGUUCUCCAUUUUGGCUCAUUCUGCUGGUGCCAUCUACGCUCUCGCAACCGCUUUACGAAUGCCUCAACAUAUCCGCGGUCGGAUACAUCUCCUUGCGCCUUGGAUCCCGCCCUCCCAGUUGAACGUUAUUGGAGCCACUUCGCAGACGCCGCUGCCACCAACGAAUGCCAUUCCUACUAGCCAAAAGAUCUUGCGUGCACUCCCGACCCCUAUCUUGAAAGCGGCAAACAGCAGUUUUGUGACGGCCACUUCUUCGAGUCUCACAAGUUCUUUGCCCAAACAAAAACGGACAAAGAGAGAAAAGAGGCACACCGACACCAAAGAAAACAAAGAUCAACCGAAAGGAAUCCUACAUUCUCCCAUGGAUAAGGAGAAUAUCAACCAGACAAAUGACUUAUCCAAGAGCUUACCUGAACUCCCUGCUCCUGAUGAAGACAUGGACCGUAUCCGACCAACCCCUGCAAAUGGGAACAGCCACGAUCCUUCUUUACCGCGAGCGCGCGGCAUCGGUCACCGACAUCGCAGGUCCAAUUCCCAAGGGCUUCGACGAAGAUCCGAACAGGAUGCACAUCUUCUCUCCUCGGCAGCCUCUCUCGCAACUUCGCAGGCAGAUAAGGAGCGACAGGAGUUAUACGACAGCCGUUUGACCCAUGCCAUCUGGCAGCUGGCCACAACUGGAGCGAAUCCCGCUGUCGACCUGCUUGUAUGCCUCGAGCGCCGACACACGAUUGGCUUCCGCUAUGUAGAUAUCACACGGCCGGUUGUCAUCCAUCAUGGGAGCAAAGACACACGAGUCCCUGUCGAGAAUGUCCGCUGGCUGGGAAAGAUGAUGCGUAGAUGCGAAGUGCGUGUUUUGGAAGGGGAGGGACAUGGACUGAUGGCCAGCGCACAGGUCAUGAGCAACGUCUUAAUGGAGAUCUCACGCGAAUGGGAAGAAUGGAGUCGCGUCACAGGAGCGAACAAGAGGGAGAAUGAAAAGGGUAGGAGAGGGACCAUUGGACAGGGCCGGUAA